CUACGUUUCCCACCAAUCAAAUCCAAGAACAAAAAAAUCCAAGAAAAGAAGGGGAGAGAGAGAGAGAAAACAGCUCUAGAGAGAGAAUGGAGAAGGUGAACAAGAAUGCAUCAGUGGAAGUGAUGAGCAACAAGCAGGUGAUAUACAGAGAGCAGGUACGAGGUUCCCUGAAAGAGACCAACUUGGAAGUUAGGACGAGCUCGGAGAGAUUGAAGGCCGACGCCGGUUCGGGGGCCAUCGCGGUGAAGAACUUGUACCUGGCUUGCGAUCCCUACAAUUUCAACCUCAUCAAGUACUCCACUCAGCUCGGUUCCCCUGUUCCUGGAUAUGGAGUAGCUAGAGUUUUGGAAUCUGGGCAUCCAAACUUCAAGAAAGGCGACUUGGUUUGGGGCAUGACUGGAUGGGAGGAGUACAGUCUAAUUACUGCGCCGGAGACUUGCUUCAAGAUCGAACACGCCGAUGUUCCUCUGUCUUACUACACCGGCCUUUUGGGUAUGCCAGGCAUGACGGCUUAUGCUGGGUUUUUCGAGGUAUGCUCUCCUAAGAAAGGAGAGACUGCUUUCAUAUCCUCGGCGGCGGGAGCUGUUGGUCAGCUUGUUGGCCAGUUUGCAAAGUUGUUGGGCUGUUAUGUUGUUGGCAGCGCCGGUAGCAAAGAGAAGGUUGAUUUGCUGAAGAACAAGUUUGGAUUCGAUGAUGCUUUCAACUACAAGGAGGAACUGGAUCUGGAUGCAGCACUGAAAAGAUGCUUCCCCGAGGGGAUCGAUAUCUACUUCGAAAAUGUCGGCGGAAAGAUGCUUGAUGCGGUGCUGCUCAACAUGAAACUUCAUGGCCGAAUCACAGUAUGUGGAAUGAUCUCACAGUACAGCCUCGAGCAGCCCGAAGGCGUACACAACUUGCUGAACCUCCUCCUGAAGCGGGUUCGGAUGGAAGGUUUCGUAGUGCCCGAUUAUUAUCAUCUCUACCCGAAGUUCCUGGAGACGGUAUUGCCUCAGAUCAAAGAGGGGAAGAUUGUGUACGUGGAAGACAUCGUCGAAGGGCUCGAGAACGGUCCGGCAGCUCUUGUCGGGGUGUUCUCCGGCCGCAGUGUCGGGAAACAGGUGGUCAUGGUUUCUUGCGAAUGAGUCAGCUUUCUGUACUUCUUCAUCGGCAUAAUCUGUUUUUUUCUCGCGUUUUCAAAAGGGGUUGUUUUCUGUUUAUCUGUGCGUUGCCGUUCUGUCCUGCGAGGUCGUUUGUGUAUAGAUACGUCUCUUAUAACAAGGGACCAGACCAUCUGGUUGGGUUGUUUUCCGGCAGCAAUGUUGGCAAACAGGUGCUUGGAGUUUCUCACGAAUGAGUCUAAAAUAUUAUGCUAUGCCUCUCUAAGAUGUCGAUGUAAAGGGUCAUCGCCUCUCAUAAAACUGGUUU